AUGGAAGGUAUCAACCAUUACAACACGUUAAUUAAUGAGUUAUUAGCUAAUGGUAUUGAACCAUUUGUCACCCUAUUUCAUUGGGAUCUUCCUAAUGCAUUGGAAGAAGAGUACAUGGGAUUUUUAAGUUCUAAAAUUGUGGAUGACUUCCUUAACUAUGCGGAUAUUUGUUUUUGGGAAUUUGGAGAUCGAGUAAAGAAUUGGGUAACAAUAAAUGAACCAAAUAUAUUCACCACCUUGGGUUAUGUACAAGGUCAAGGGGCACCGGGUCGAGGUGGAGAAAAUGAAGAUUGUGACCCUCAAACAGAACCAUAUAUAGUAGCAUAUAACAUACUAAAUUGUCAUGCAACUGCUUAUAGAAGGUAUUAUGAAGAUUAUAAGGAUACCCAGAAAGGUAAAGUGGGAAUUACCCUCAACUGCGGUUAUUUUCAACCUUAUCGCGGUGAUAGUUAUAAAAAUGAUGUCCAAGCUGUUACAUACGCAUAUGAUUUUACGAUUGGAUGGUUCCUUGAGCCAUUAACAAGAGGUACUUGGCCUAAUAACAUGGAAAAAAUCGUUGCGACUCCUACUAUUGAUCAUCCAAAUGGUCGUCUUUUGCCGAAAUUUUCUACUAAUCAAAGUAAAAAGUUGAUUGAUUCAUAUGAUUUCUUGGGAGUAAACUACUACACUGCAUAUUUUACACAAUAUCAAGAUCCUUCUGAUGCAAUCCCUCUUGGAUAUUCUACAGAUUGUCACUAUACGGUUUCAGGACAAGAUCCCAGUGGAAACUAUAUUGGAGAGCCGUCGUAUCAGGGUUCGUGGAUUUAUCUUUGUCCUCAACAACUUACAGAACUUUUAAUUUACAUUAGAAGAACCUACAAUGUUACUAAAGAUAUGAUCAUCACAGAGAAUGGGUCUUCUGAUAAGAAUGAGACUGGUAAAACAUAUGAACAAGUGCGUGAUGAUGAAUAUCGGAUCAAAUACGUUAAGGAACAUCUUAAAGCUAUUAGAUUGGCUCGAGAAAAUAAUAUAAACGUGAUGGGAUACUUUAUAUGGUCAUUCAUGGAUAGUUUUGAAUGGGAUUCUGGGUAUACUAAUAGAUUUGGUAUGAUCUAUGUUGAUUUCAUGAAAGACCUUCAAAGGUACCCAAAAAAGUCAGCAAUUUGGUUUAAGAAGUUCCUUGGUGAAGACAAAAUAAUUCCAGUUAAAAGAAGCAUCACCGAUCGUGAAGACGGACAUAACUUUGAGAAGAAUUCAAAGAAGGCGGGAAAACCAAUCGAAGCGAGCCAAAAGAUGAAGAAAGCCAAAACAUGA